CACAUUCUUUUAAAACGUCAAUAAUCACAUCCAUAUUGCCCAUUUUUCAUAAUGAUUUUAAAAAAUAUAGUUAUUGAUUUUUGCCACAAAGGCGUCGAAGACGAAUAGGUGAUAAAAAAUAAUGAAAUUAGUUUAAGGUUUUAUUGUUAACAAAUUAAAAUACGGCCAUAGUAUCUUAUGUUGUGAAUAUUGGUGAUAGAAUUUUAUUAUAGAAAAAUAAGGUUAAUGUAAAUAGUUUAAAAUGUCAAUAAAAGAAGAGAAAAUAGACGUUAAAGAUAUAAAAAUUGAAAAACACGAUGAAGACAGGAAAGACCCUACAUUAUUUUUACCAGAGGAGCCGAUGACGUACGAAAUUAAAACUAAAAAGAAGAAAAAAAAGAAAAAACAGGAGGAUCCAUUUAAAGAUAUCGAAGAAAAAGUUUCAUUACCAACACCUACAGUUUAUGAUCCAAUCAAUGACACAGAGUCCGAGCCAGUAUUGGAUCCAGAAGUCAAUAUAAAAGUUGAAAAUAUUGAAGUAGAAUUGGACUUUAAUGAUUUUGCUAAUGAUAAUGGCUUGAUGGUAGAAGGUCCACAAAGUGAAGAUAGUCAAGAGCCAGCUGUGAAAAUAGAAGAACAAAAUCGCGAAGCAGUCCUUUUAACAUUUGAAAGCAUAAUAAACGAUAAAAGCGUACUAGGUUUCGGUCCGACUCCAGCCCCAAACUACGUGUGCAAAAUUUGUCAUCUAGUCUUUCAAACGACAAAAACACUUAGAAUGCACCAGAAGAGAAAGCAUAAAAUAUUCAGAAAAUCAUUCAAAUAUAUAUGUCAUUAUUGUUCGAUGUCGUACGAACAAAAGAAUAGUCUCGUCGCCCAUAUCAAAAGGAAACACGGUCCAGAUUCCGCGAAUGAUGACGGCGAAGAGAGAACUUGUGACGUGUGUGCGUUAGUUUUCAAAGGUAUGACCAGAUUACGAAUGCACAUGCGGAGAAAACAUGGAUCCUUUGAGGAGUCGUUCAAACAUGUUUGCGAAGAAUGUGGCUUGACGUACGACAAAUAUAGAAGUCUCAUUGUACAUAUACAGAGAAAACAUACGAAUGAGAAAAAGCCCGUUAUAGAUCAGUGGUAUAAUUGUCCCUUCUGUCCAAAAGUCUUCACGAAAAGAGAAACGUAUGCGAGACACGUUCAGAGGAAACAUCGAGUCGAUGAUGAAGACAAUGGGAAGCCAGAUGAUGAAACUAAAAUGCUGUUAAAAAAUUGCAAAAACGAAGAGACUGGAGAAAUUACUUGUAAAGAAUGCCCCCUAGUCUUUUCCUCGCUCAAUUAUUUAAAGCUUCACAUGAGAAGAAAGCAUAAUGCGUUGAAAGAAGAUUUUCGUCUCAAAUGUAGAAUCUGCAAUUUGUCCUAUGACAAAAUCGAAAGCUUAAAGCGACAUAUACGAAGAAAACACGAUAAAGGGUCGUAUUGUGACGUAUGCGAUAAACAAUUCGAAACUAGGGAUAUGUAUUUAACUCAUUCACACAAAAGAACGAUACAGGAAUGUAAUUUAUGUGGAUUAGUGUUUGCGUCUCAAGGCGGUUUGUGCAAACAUUUGCGUUGUACGCAUAAAAUACAGUCACCGAAAACAAUUGUUUGUACCUUGUGCAAUGAAACUUUCCACGAUAAACGACAACUAAAGCCUCAUUACAUGAAAGUCCAUUUGAAAGUCUCGUACACUUGCAACUUCUGCAAAAAGAUAUUCAAAGCGAAGGAAAGUUAUCGACGACACGUAUUAUUGAAACAUCCGAUGAGCAAACCAAAAAGUGAUCGUCAAAGUUGCGAUCAGUGUAACGAAACGUUUAGCGACGAAUUUGAGUUGUGUCGUCACAUAAAUAUCGCACACGGAAAGUCGCAGACCGGUGAGAUAGGCGCCCUGUCGUUGAUUGAAGUUAAGAAGGAAGAAAUCGAAAUUCCUGACACUUUCCAGUGUUCGAAAUGUCCCGAAAAUUAUAGCAAUUGGGAACAGUUGAAAUUACAUUACGAGCAGAAUCAUCAAAUAGUACCUGAAACGCAGUGCCAAGUGUGUGGUGAAUUGAUACCAGGGAAUGAAUUGCAGAAGCAUUUGAAAGCAUUACAUACUGAUACAACAGUUCAGUGUAAAUAUUGUGAAUUUGAAACGAAUAAUCGCGCCAGUAUGACACAACAUAUGUUGAGACACAAAAACGCGACCACAAUCAACUGUGAUUUCCCCGGUUGUAAAUACAAAACGUUCUAUGAAGUUGCCAUGGAAAAGCAUAAAAGAAAGCAUGCUGAUCAAGGUGUGAAACUCCAGUGCAGCCAAUGUCCUUUCCAGACGAUGAACAAGUAUAUUUUAAAAUAUCAUGAAGAAGCCCAUGUUACGGGUAAAAAACGUUACUCCUGUGAUCAAUGUGAUUAUGCAACAAUAUUGCCAGCGAACUUAGUUCAACAUAAAUAUAAACAUUCCUCAGAGAAGAGGUUUAAAUGCGAAGUCUGUCCUUUCGCAACUAAGUACAAUACGUCGUUACGUUUCCAUGUUAAGAAGAAACAUUGUGAUCUCCCAACAUUCAGUUAAAUGUUAAAGUUUUUUGAAAAUUUAAAAUAAUAUUUGGUGUUAUGUCUUUAUAAACUUGAUUUAUUAAAAACAGAUAAUUA